AUGAAGACCCGGCCUGCGGGGAUCGGCAAUGUCAAUGCCGACUGGAUGGGUUCGCUCCCGUCCAAGCUCAGUGCCAUGCCCCUCAAACACCUCGCCGUGCCAGGGUCUCAUGAUUCUUUUACCUUCUGGGUGGACGUGCAUGCCCCUGUGGGUCCCGAUCAGAAGGCAUACGUGAAAUACCUGGCCACCAUGUUCAGCGUCUUGGCCAAGAAAGUCAUGGUGAAGUGGUCCAUGACCCAGAAUCUGACAUUUAAAGAGCAGCUGGAUGCAGGAAUUCGCUACUUUGAUCUCAGGGUCUCCUCCAAACCAGGCGAGCCUGGAAAUGAGAUCUACUUCAUCCACGGCCUGUUUGGCCACAAGGUGAGGGAUGGCUUGUUAGAAAUUAACUCCUUCUUAAGCAGACACAAGAAAGAGGUAGUGUUUCUAGACUUCAACCACUACUAUGCGAUGGACGCAGAGCAUCAUGUGUACCUCCUCAACAUGCUCCAGGAAGUGUUUGGCAGCAGGCUCUGUAACAACUGUGCAGUGGAGGAAAUCACUCUGGACUUCCUCUGGGACAAGAAAUACCAGGUGAUCGUGUUCUACCAUCAUCCAUCGGCUCAGGGCAUCCCUGUCAUGUGGCCUGGCAACAAGAUCCCUGCUCCCUGGGCCAACACCACCGAGCCCAACAAGCUCAUACAGUUCCUGGAAACAACACUGAAGCAAAGAGCCAAGCAGGGGUCCUUCCACGUGUCUCAGGCCAUCCUCACACCCAGGGUUAACACCGUGGCCAAGGGCCUGGUCUGGGGGCUACGCAACUAUCUGGUGGAGAGAAACCUGCCAACCAUCAUGUCUUGGGUUGAGGCUCAGAGGCCGGGGGUGGACGGAGUCAACAUCAUCACCUCUGACUUUGUGGAGCUCACCGACUUUGCCAACAUCGUCAUCAAACUCAACAACCUGCUGCUGUCCGAACAGGGUCACAAACGAAGAUGACGCGUUUGCGCUACAGGACAAACUUGCGCUGACCCACAUUUUGGUAGAGGUUGGAUGUGGGAUGGCAGAUUCUUCCCCCAUUGUUGGGUAAUAAUUCUUAGAUAAUGCUGGAGUCCUGGGAAUUGGAUUCUAUAAACAUUCUCUGGAGUUUUAAUAAUAAUGUAUUGCAUUACAUUAGUGACUCUCAUCAUACCAAAUAGCUAUUUUUGUAGCCGGCAAGGUUUCAUUUUCUUGCUCAAGGACACUCCAGCAGUAAGAUGCACAGGAAUACAGUAUGAGUCAGAUACCCUCUGGACGCUUUAAUGGCAUAAAACCUUUAAAUCUUACAGGAACUCUGCAACUAACUUUUGAAACGUCACAGUUUUGGUUGUAGCCAACUCUCUCAGCCACGGUAUGAUGCACAAAGUCCAAAAAAGGGAAAGAUGCUGAAGCUCAGAUUACAGAACACAUGGCAUGCCCAGAGGCAUUUUUUAACCAUCACCAUCGUAAGGUCGACCAGCUCCAUCAUACCACGGCUCUGGCAUCUUUUCUGGAUUCCAUAUCCUGCAUUCCCUUUUGGGGCAAUAGUGGAAACAAGGCAAUGCAGCACAGGUCACCGUGCAGGAACAGCCUCACAGCUACCUGUCACCUGGACAGUGAUCACAUGACUCAGGGAUGUAGCUUCGAAGAACAAAAAUACCUCAAAUAUUGCAAUUGUUUUUUCUCAAAUGUUGUGAUCACAUCAUUUUUUUUCAUUAUGAUGAAAGCCAGGAUCAAAUAUUGCAUUUU